AACUAUGAAAGCGGCAAGACUUAAAUCGGAAGAUUGCAUCUCUUAUGAAUCAUUGUCGGAUUCUUCGAGCAGAGAAAAAUUAGUUGAGCUGAAUUUCAGGUUAAUCUGAGCUUUUGAUGGCGACACAGGCGAGACCAAGUUCAGCUAAGAGCGAGCCACGCGAUGGGUCUUCUUCUCUUUCUUCCAGAGUCAAGAUCGAUCCGUCCAUUAAGGACAAAAAGAAGAUCGUGACCUCUAACAGACCGAUCAUGUCGGAUUCCAAACCCAGAUCCUCUGUUUCCACCGUCACGGCGAAAUCCGAGGCAAAGCCCAAAGUACCUGUAAAUUUAGUUAAAUCCACGGCAACAACAUCUGCAGCGGCGAGCUUGGCGAAAGGGAAAGCGAAAACAACACCUGCAGCAGCGAGCUUGGUGAAAGGGAAAGCGAAAAGAGAGAAGAAGGUUUAUUCAUUACCUGGACAAAAGUUUGAUCCUCCUGAAGAGAGAGAGCCCUUGAGGAUAUUCUAUGAAUCAUUAUCGAAACAAAUACCUGGGAGUGAAAUGGCUGAGUUCUGGCUAAUGGAACAUGGUAUGUUGUCUCCGGAUAAGGCGAAGCGAGCGUUUGAGAAAAAACAGAGAAAGAUGAAGCAAAUUCGAAUGGGGACACCGACUAAACCGGCACCAACGUUUACAAGUAAAGCGGAGAGUUCUCAAAAAACAUCUGCGCCCAAGAACAACGGAUUAGAUGCGAGAAAGAAGAAGAAAGUCGUUGAUGAUGACGACGACGAUGAUGAUGAUUUCAUCCUAAGCCACAAGAGAAGAAAAGUGUAAACCAUACAAAGUUGUUAUUAGAGAAUAGAGAAGAUUAAUAUCCAAUAGCUGAUAAGGUCAAGAACUUUUUAAUUUACUUGUUAGUGUUUAUCGAAUAAGUGAUCAGAUUGAGUAUGUGUUCAUGACACAAUAGUUCGGUGUAAAGUUGUUCGUGUAGAAGCAAAGAAUCAUGAGAUACAGUUUUAGUCAAAUAGGAAUAGUAACUGUUGAAUCGAUCAAAUUUUCAUAUC